GGGUAUAUAUCCAACACAAACACGUCGCAGGGACAUAAGAGCCACAACGAGAACGAACCCUCCCGUGGAUCGUUCAGACUGACUCUGUUUGUUACCGCGGGUCCGUGGAGUACACACACACGCCUCUCGCUGCGCAGUUUACGGAGCGAACGUCAAACUCCGCAUUUUCGACACGUUUGAGCAACGGACGCUGAUGGGACGUGGCAAUGGCCUCUCCAUCAACAUCUACCAACGGAUCACUUAUGGCGUCUGACUCAGCACUCUCCUGCCUAAGGGGCAUCGAGGCGCUGAAGAUGAAGUCGGGGCCCGUGAGGAGGAAUCUCUUUGGGCCUGUGGACCACCAGCAGCUGCAGCAGGACUUCCAGAGGCUGCUCUGCACGAGCGUCGAGGUGGCCAACAAGCGGUGGAACUUCGAUUUCCAGGCCGACAUGCCGGGAGAGGACUCCAACAUAGAGUGGGAGGAGCUCAAGUGCCAGGAUGUCCCAGCGUUUUACCACAGCUGCAUGGUCAGGCCGGUGGUGUGGCCCGAGAUCGAGGCAAAGAAGGGGAUGAGGCGGACGUCAUCCUCGUCAGGCGAAGCUUCACCGACGUCCAGCAGCUCGUCUGGGGAAGAGUACUUGGAGGUGACCGCCAGGAGGUGCUACAGGCGGCAGAAGCCAGGGAAACGUCGACAGUCCUCUAUCACAGAUUUCUUCAAGGUGAAGAAGAGCAGACUUCUGCAUUACAAAGCUUCCUCUCGGCAGUAGAAAAGCACAACGAGACCCGAUGGAGGAUAAGUGGGCCUGUCCCUCCACGUGUCACCUCACAUGGAUAUGUCUCAUAUCUUAUGUAUAUAUGUAGCAAUUUGUAACUGACUGUCCACAAGCUCAUUCAGCAUGGGCUUAAAAAAACUCCUCCUACACCACAUACCUUUAAUUUUUCAGCACAAGGAAGCUACAGUUUUUGUAGUUAAUCAAGCUUUGGUUCUACAGUUUUUGUAGAUAAUUAUAAAUUUUAUAUAUAUAUACUGUAUAUAUUCUAUAUACUGUUUUCCUUAGCUGACUAUACUGUGAAAUAUUUUUUGAAUGCACUCUUUCAGGAAAUAACAUAAAGGGGCCUAGAGGUUAAGUUUCCUCUGAACGUGCCUCGAAUAGUAUUUGACCUCAGUCCUCGACCUUUUUGUUUCCCUCUUGCUAAAAGUCAUGAGAGGUUUUGAUAAGAUGAGUGACUUUUCCUGGCCUCACAUCACACUUAUCCUUAAGUCUCACCCCGCGGCCCUCCCCUGAUCGCUCGGGGUCAAAACCUCACCCAGGGUUAAAAAUUUUGGCAACCCGUCUGCGAUUAGCACCAGGUUAAAGGCCAAUGGUGGAGGUUUGGCAAUGAGGUAAUGCAGCCACACUCUGUCGGAUAGUGACUUAAAAUUCUGAGUAAUAAUAACUGUGUUCCGUAUGUGACUAUUUAUUUAUUAUUUCACGAUGCUAGAUCAUCAACUAAAUAAAGUAAUUGCCCCCAAAUUAAAGACUAUAAGUCAUCGUGGCUCAUACAUUAUUCCACCAUUGCCUUUUAAAAAUAUCAACCAUUAUAUUUAACACCAUCACAACAUAGCAAAAAAUAUACAAAUUGCAAACUAUUUCUGUUUUGCUUUGUAUUAUUGUAUUAUUUGCAUAAUGAGGUUGUAAAGAUCUGUUUCGCACAGAACAGACCAGAACAAACCUUAUUUAGUUGUAUGUUUUUUAUUUUCAGCUUUAUGCUUCUAACAUUGUAGCAUUUUCCCACUCACUUUUUUUGAUAAUUGUUUUUUUGUAAUGAUCAGCUGAGCUGCGUCACAUUUUCUAUUGCCGUGCAAAGCGUUUGCAUUGUGUCUGUGUGCAUAUACAUGUUUGUACAAAUGUGUGUUGUGGUUUUUUUUUUUUUUAUCUUUGGGUUUCACAAGUAGUAAAAAUUGUGGCAGCUGAGGCAGUUGAACCAAAGAAAAAAUCGCUGUGCCAUUCAAUUAGUAACACAUCAUUGACACAAGUUGCUUACAGUUUGAGUAAUCAGUCAUGGGUCACAGAAGGUCACGUCUCCAAAUAUUCAACUAUCAAGUGAAAUCACCAAGAAAAAAAAAUCUGUUCUUAAAAGUCAGGUUUUCUACAUUUAACGUGAUCUGUAACUUUAAGUUGACUCAAACAGGAUGUGCCUAUUUUCUUUCCCUACCUACAGUCAUUUAGUUUGCAUUAAAUAAAAACCUAAAUAACCUGAAUGAAUCCACUCUUACUACCUCAUUAUUCAGUUUAAACAAAUAACAAAGCUCAGGUCGUUUGAGUUUUCAGGCGCAACAGAAGUGACGAUUCUGUUGCGGUUAAAAGCUGCAGAGGGUUCAGCGCUAAAGUGUAGAGUUUCACAUCAGGUAAAAGAGUCAGUGUGUCAGAGCGGGGGGGGGGGGCGCUCCGAGCAGAGGAAACCCUGGCCCCUCUAGGAGGAGGGGGCUGGGUUGUUGUUUUGCUUUCUCUCACUGCCUCACUCUGCUUUGACAGCUCCGCAGAAGCAGAGCAGAGGAGUAAAGUGUUUGUGGAGAGGAAGAACGAGGGAAAGGAAUAAAAAGUUUCUUCAAAGUGAGAUACUUCAGGGGGACACAACAGAUUCUGGACAUAAAAGCAUUUCUCCCUCCACACAAGUGGCCUGUGAUUUAGCUUUUGUCUGCUCCCACCCCCCACCCCUCAAAAAGUCACACAGCCUCUCUUUCAUAAACCAACCGCCUCAGUCUCUGCGAAAAAUUGGCAUAAAAGCAGCCGCUCAUAAUCAUGUUAGCACAACGUUGGCUUUUUUUCACGGCUCUACGUGGCUGUUUCCUCACCGAUUUAAACAGAGCACACGUGGCUAUUUAAAAUAAUUCA